AUGCUGGACGAUUCUCUCGGCUGGAUCAUCUCUCCUGGAAAUGGAAAUUCUCGCAAAGCCCCAUCUCGCGAAGUAAUCUCUUAUUCCCCAGUGACUCGUCUCAAUCCCAAGAUCUCUACACCUGUUCUUGCGACUCAUCCAUCACCUGGUAGUGAAAUUUCACCCGAUCGAUCGAGAAAGACGGCAUUCGAUCUAGAUGCCUGCCCCAUUGAUCGAUCGCAUCGCGAUCAAGAUAGACGCGCCCCCAAAACCCUGACCGACCUUCUUGAUGGAAAUCCCAUGGACCUCAAAGAAUGCUGCUUGAUCGCGAAAUCCUGCCGCAGCAGCGCGGUCGCGCCGCGCAUCCACGCGCUCAUCGCCCAGCACCAGCGCCAAUCGCCGGAGCGCAGCCUCUACCUCUCCAACCUGCUCGUCGAGAUGUAUGGCAACUGCGGCGAUCCAGAAUCCGCGCGCGCCGUCUUCGAUUCCAUCCCCACCAAGGACAUCUUCCCCUGGAAUCUCAUGCUCGCCGCCUACGCCUACAAUGGCAACCUAGCCGCCGCGCGCUCGAUCUUCGAAGCCAUGGCGGAGAGAAACGAGGUCUCCUGGAACACCCUGAUCGCCGCUAUAGCCAAGGCGGGGAAUCUCCAGGAUGCCCUCUCCACGUUCGUGAAGAUGCCCCAGCCAAAUUUUAUAACAUGGAACACCUUGCUUUGCGUAUUUGCCCAAACGCGGCAUUUGGACGAGGCCAGGCGCGUGUUUGAUUCCAUGCCCGGGCACAACGUUCUUUCUCUCAAUGUGAUGUUAACGGCUUUCUCCCAAGACGGGGAUCUAAACGAAGCAAGGCGAAUAUUCGACACCAUGCCCGAGCGAAGCCUUUCUUCGUGGAAUUCUAUCAUCGCAGCACACGCUCAAAUGGGGCAAGUGGAUCAAACGAAGAUUCUGUUUGAUUCUAUGCCUGAGAGGGAUUUGAUCUCCUGGAAUACAAUUCUCUUUUCAACUGCGCAAACUGGGAAUCUUAAUGAGGUCAAAUCAUUGUUUGUGAAAAUGCCGUGUAGGAAUCUCGUGUCAUGGAAUGCAAAGCUUACAGCGCAUGCCAAGCGAGGGCAUCUGGAGGAAUCUAAAGCUCUCUUUGACCGGAUGCCAGAGAGGGACGUGGUAUCUUGGACCGCGAUGCUCUCGGCAUAUUCUCAGAACCAUAAUCUUUCCAAGUCUAAACAGAUAUUUGAUGAUAUGCCCUGCCGCAACCUUGUCUCUUGGAACGCGAUGCUCGCAUCAUAUGCCCAAAACGGGUAUCUGGAAGAAUCUAAGUUUAUAUUCGACACAAUGCCCUUUCACGAUCGCGUCUCGUGGAACUCAAUGCUUUCGGCGUACGCUCUUAGCGACAAGCUUAUAGAUGCGGAAGGAAUAUUUGAAAAGAUGCCCGAGAAGAACCAGAUCUCGUGGACCGCUAGGCUCGCAGCAUAUGCCCAAAACGGGCAUCUUUUAGAAUCGAAGAGAAUAUUUUACUCCAUGCCGUCACGGGACGUUGUGUCCUGGAACUCGAUGCUCUCGGCGCUCGCUCAGAACGGCCAGAUUCUCCGAGCAAAAUUUCUUUUCAAUUCGAGCCCAGAGCAGAGUGUGGCUUCGUGGGUUGUGAUGCUCGCGAUGUACUCCAAUUGUGGUUUGCCGCGAUUUGCUUGGGAGCUGUUUGGGCAGAUGAGAAUCGAGGGCUUCUCUCCGGACGAGGCCGCAUUCACCUGCGUUCUCCUCAGCUGCAUCCACAAAGGCAACGUCAAGAUCGCCCACUCCUUCUUCUACUCGAUGAUCUUCGACCACGGAUUGAGCGCCUCCAAGCAGCAAUUCGGGUGCGUGAUCGACACGCUGGGCCGCGCGGGGCAUUUGUGGGCCGCCGAGGAUCUCAUCCUCCAAAUGCCCUUUGAGCCCAUCGCCAAGGACUGGAUCUGCUUCAUGGGCGCUUGCAACAACCACAAGAACGUCGAUGCGGCCGCCCGGGCCGCGCAGUGCGCGCUCGAUCUGGACCGCAAAGGCGCCGCGACCUACGUCUUGCUCAGGAACGUCUACUGCGAGAAGCCCUAA